AUGCCCUCAGACGGUCAUCCAACAUCUCCAAGCCAAUACCAUCAUCCCCAAGAUGCAAGAUUGGACAUGGAGCAAAACACUCGGCCUCUUUCACCAAGAGGAUAUGGAGGAGAACAAUCACCACCAUAUCAUCAAAGGGAACCACCAAUGGAAGGAAAUUCAGAGUUUCAAAAUAGACCUCCGCCAAGUGCGGAAGCAUUGGAACAAGCUAGAAAGGAAACUAAAACACUAUGGCUUGGAGGAAUUCCCUUUCACUACAAUGAUGCUGACUUGAAGAGAGUAUUUGAUCGUUUUGGAGAAGUUGCGGAUGUAAAGGUUGGAUAUUCUGGAGGACAACCAUUAGGUUAUUGUUUUAUUACUUUUCAAACAAGAGAAAGUACGGAGAAGGCCUUUGAAGCCGUUAAAGCAGGAUUUAUUGGAGAUCAACCCCCACAAGAGGGUUUAUCGUGGAGAGUGGAUUAUGACAUUGGAAAGGAAAAAAAGAAGGAGUUAGGAAUACCACCAAGUAAAGGAGGAAUGAAAGGAAGAUAUAGAGGACGUGGAUUUCAUAAUAAUGUUGUUGGAAGAAGAUUUGAUGGUCCACCACCAAUGAGGAGAGGAGGAUAUCGUGGCGGAGGAGUGUAUCAUGGUGGACCACCUCAUGGAGGAUAUGAACGAAGAUCACCUCCAUACAAUCCUCUACCAUAUGGAAUGGUGCCUCCAUUAGAUAAUGGCCCACCUCCAGCAAAUUAUCAUCCUCCACAUCAUGAGCCACCACAUCAUUAUCCUCCUCCUUCACAUCAUUAUCCUUAUAAUGGAAGAGAAAGACCAUACUAUGGAAGUGGCGUGUCACAUCGAUACGAACCAUAUGGAAGAGGACCUCCACCACAUCAUUACAGAGGAGGAUAUAGAGGAGGAAGAAAUUUUAGUCCACCACAUCAACAAGAAAAUAGAUUGGAUCAUUCAUCAAGUCCUCCAAUUAAUUAUUCUGGAGGUGAUAGAGGAGGAGACGGAGGAAAUAUGGAACCAAGAAGGAGACCUGAUGUGGGUCAACAACACCCACCUCCAAAUAAUUGGUAA